UGGAGUCAAAUACCUGUAAUGCAAUGAAGUAAAGUUGACAGGUACUGAAAUUUGUACCACUUUCAAAGAAAGAAGACAUGUUUUCAACAUUCAAAUAUUGUGCAAUAGACUAUUUAUAUGAGAAUAUAGUUAGAAAGAAGUUUUGCAGAGAUGCUUUAUUGCUUCGAGUCCCUUCAUGUUUAUAUCAAGAUGGAAAUUAUUAUGCAGGAGUUAUUGAUAAUAAGUUUAGGAGGCCAUGGAUGAGAGUUUCAGCUGUUUCGGUGUGGGGAAUGACAGAUGAUAUUUCAGUCUUGGAUCAAUGGAAAGCAAGUCUCUUUGUGGAAGAUUUCCUAGAGAAAAAAACAAUUACAGGAAUGGUGACUCAGAUUGACUAUGAGUUUGAGGAAGUUGUUCCAAGUUCAAACCCAAACUCCCAAACUGAAGUAGAGGAAGCCAGUUUAUAUACCCAUAAGGACUACACUGAAGUCUUUACACUUGUCAGCGGUUUAGAAAAAUGUCCAGGACUUCAAACACAGAAUGAAGAUUUGUUUAUUGAUGAAGAAAUAAUUUUUUUAAAUAACUUGACGACCUAUAAAAGUCAGCUACCAACUUUGCAUACUUUGUUGAGUAGGCUAAAACUAUUUUUGGUAAAGGACCCCAUUUUAGAUUUCAAAGGACAGAUCUUCACAGAAGCUAAUUUCUUCAGGGAAUGUUCCUCUUUUCAAGAAGAUUUGAAAGGUCUAGUGAAAGAAGAUUUUUACAUGGAUAAAGAGAACUUUUGUCAGGAAAAGCUAGAAGAUACACCAUCAAGUUUGCCUGAGUGUGAAUUCUUAAUACCUACAAGCCUCAAACAAGAAGUUGAUAUUCUAUCACUCUCCGAACUGAAGGAAUCCUUAAACUUAGUGCCAGAAAUAAUAAAUUAUGCAGAUGAAAAUGAAAAGCUUUUCAAAAUAGAUCUUACUACUAAGCAUGGAAUUGACAUUGAGGAUAUAAAAUGCAGCUCCACAGAGAUUUUGGCCAUUCAAAACCAUUUGAAUGGUUUUGAACCAGAGUAUAGUGAACCAGUAGAGUUAGAAAUGCCACUAACUCAUCUACAUCUAACAAACCAACAUUCUUCCAUGACUUCAUUAUGUACAGGACUUCAGACAUUUCCAUUUUCUCCUAUUUGUAAAAUUAGUUUGCUUACUGCUGAAGAAUCAGCUAACAAAAACCAUAUGAUGUGGCAGUUAGAAAGCUGCAGAAGCUCACUGAAACCGUUUCUGCUUACAGUGCCAAGAACUGAAGAGCCAAACAGUCAAUAUUCAGUUAUGGAUUUGAAAAAGAUAUUUUCUAUUGAGGAAGAAAGCCUUGUAGUUAAUCUUGUGAGCACAGAGUGGUGGGAAAAGGGACAACUGAAUCUGAAAGAGGCAGAAAUUUUGGAACAUCCAAACAUGUAUUUGUGUCAUGAUAACUUAUCAUCUGAUGUUACUAAAACGGAGAUAUUUUUGCCAACGAAAGUGCCUCAGUUAGAAUCAUGGCUAGAGCAAAAAAGUUGUUCUUCACCUAUUGUACUUAUUAAUGAGACAUCUACAAAUGAUCAUUUAUUACUUCCACAAAAGAUUUCAUCUCUGGCAGAAGUAUCAGACCUGUGUUUUUCUGAUGACAAUUUAUCUGUUAAACAACCAACAAAAGAAGAAAAACCAAAGAAUGAUCUAGAACUAGUUGAUAGAAUAAGCCAAAAUAAAGAACAUGAAGAUUACUUAGAACUUGACUGCACAGUACCAUCUAUUGAACCAUCUUCCUCUCCAAAAAUUGAUAAAGCAUCUUUUAAACAUGGUAAAAAAUGGGAGAAUGAUUUGGACCUUUUGAGUGACUUUAUUACACUGCGAAAUAAAUAUAAGACUUGUAUGUCAAAGACUGAAGUCACAGGCAGUAAAGAAAAUGAUGGAAUUCAAGAUAAAGAACAUUCUUUGACUCUUCAGGAAGAAAGUCCUCCUGUUUGUACUAAUAAAGCUCUAGAGAAAAUAAAUCAGGAAAGGAUAGUGGAUAAUGUCAUUGAAAUUCAAGCAUCAGAUAGCCAGUGCCAAGCAUUCUGUCUCUUAGAAGCAGCAGCUACUCCUAUUUUAAAAAAACUUGUAGGCCUCUGUACUCUCCCUGCUGCUAAUUGGACAUUUGCCACUGUCAUUUUUGACCAAACAAGAUUCCUCCUAAAGGAACAAGAAAAAGUAAUAAGUGAUGCUAUUCAGCAAGGUACAAACGAUGAAAAAGAAUUGACGUUCAAGCAUGCUGCUCUCUUACAUCUUCUGGUAACAAUUAGAGAUGUCCUUUUAACAUGUAGCUUGGACACAGCAUUGGGAUAUUUGUCAAAUGCAAAAGAUAUCUACAAAAGCAUUUUAGGCUCCUAUUUAGAUGACAUUUGCAGACAGCUGGAGAUUGUACAGUUUAUUAGGGAAAAAAAGCCUGAAACCAACCACAAGAUACAAGAACUACAAUGUCAGAUACUAAAUUGGAUGCAAAGUGGACAACAGAUUAAGGUGCUGAUUAUAAUAAGAAUGGACUCAGAUGGUGAAAAACAUUUACUCAUAAAAAUCCUUAACAAAAUGGAAGGUUUAACAUUGACUGUCUUACAUCCAAACAACAAAAGGAAAGAUUUUCUGGAAUCUGAAGGUGUUUUAAAUGGUAAAAGUUCCUGUGUAGUUGUGCAUAAUCAAUAUAUUGGAUCAGAUUUCCCCUGGAGUAACUUCUCAUUUGUGGUGGAAUAUAAUUUUGUAGAAAACUCCUGUUGGACUAAACACUGCAAGAAAUUGAAUAUUCCUCACAAGGUCUUCAAAGUGAUUCUUCCAGACACAGUUUUACAGAGAAGCACCUUGCUGGAUAGUUUUGGUGGAUUUCUUUUGGAAAUUCAGAUUCCAUAUGUGUUUUUUGCAUCUGAAGGACUUCUCAAUACUCAAGAAAUACUUCAGUUGCUAGAAUCCAAGUAUAAUAUCACACUAGUGGAGAGAUGCUGCAGUGACUCAUUGAAACUCUUUGGAGGUACGGAGUGUUAUGUAGUGGUGACAGUUGAUGAACACACUGCCAUAAUUUUGCAGGACCUAGAAGAAUUGAACUGUGAGAAGGCAUCAGACAAUAUCAUUAUGAGACUGAUGGCAUUAUCAUUCCAGUACAGCUAUUGUUGGAUAAUCUUGUAUACCAAAAAAACAUUAAACUCAGAGUAA